CUGGUUGCCCUGGGCGACGGGAAGACGCAGUCCCGCAAAUUGCAUUCCUGGCAAAUUCCUAGCACCUGCUAGUGGUCGAAGGCGCCAGUGAGCUAUGUCGGAGAUCCUGUGCCAUUGGCUCAACCGGGAUUUGAAGGUGUCCCGGACAGUGAGUCCCAAGUCAUUUGCAAAGGCAUUUUCAAAUGGCUAUCUAAUUGGAGAAGUUCUGUACAAGUUUGAACUUCAGAGUGAUUUUUCAGAAUUUUCAGAGAGCAGGGGUUCAACUGCCAAACUUAAUAAUUUCUCCCGCUUGGAGCCGACACUUCACCUACUGGGUGUGCAGUUUGAUCAGAAUGUGGCCCAAAGCAUCAUCACAGAGAAGCCAGGGGCAGCAACGAAACUUCUCUAUCAGUUGUACAUUGCUCUUCAGAAAAAGAAGAAAACCGGGCUGACUGGAUUAGAAAUACAAACCAUGCAACCCCAGACAAACAUAAGGCUUCAGGAACUCAGAAGUGAGGCUUUUCGAGAGAGACUUAAAAACCUGAUCCCACGCCAAACUGAUUUCAAUCUGAUGCGGGUCACAUGCAGGUUUCAAGAAAAAUGUAAACAAAUGAAAGAAGAUCUUGCCCGAAUGAAUAUUGAGAAGUUUGAAAAAUUUCAAAAACUCGAGGAAGAGCAAAGACACUUUAAUAUCGAAAAGCAACGCUUAAACAGAAGACGACAAAAUGAGAUAAUGGCCAAAAUCCAAGCAGCCAUUAUACAGAUCCCUAAGCCUGAAUCCAAUCGUACUUUGAAAGCUCUUGAGGCUCAAAAACUGAUGAAAAAGAAAAAAGAGGCAGAGGACGUGGCCAAUGAGAUUAAGAAAUUUGAAGCCCUAAUAAAAAAGGAUCUCCAAGCCAAAGAAAGUGCGUCCAAGACUUCUUUAGAAACAACAGACCAGACAACUACUGAUUUGUUAAACACUUACUCAGAUGAUGACUACAUUAAAAAGAUCCAGAAACGCCUAGAAGAAGAUGCAUUUGCGCGUGAGCAAAGGGAGAAAAGACGGCGGAGGUUGUUGAUGGACCAGUUAAUCGCCCAUGAAGCACAGGAGGAGGCCUAUCGGGAAGAGCAGCUGAUUCACCGGCUGAUGCGUCAGUCCCAGCAGGAGCGCAGGAUCGCGGUGCAGCUCAUGCACGUUCGGCACGAAAAGGAAGUGUUGUGGCAAAAUAGAAUCUUCAGAGAGAAACAAUACGAAGAAAGACGACUUAAGGAUUUCCAGGAUGCUCUUGAUCGAGAAGCGGCUCUUGCCAAACAAGCCAAGAUUGAUUUCGCAGAACAAACCUUCAGGGAGAAGGAAAUGCAUGAAAGGAUGGCUGCGGAAAGAGCUCAAGCGCGCUUUGAGAAGCAUUAUGGGAUAUGUGCAGAAAUUUUGGAUCAAAUACUUGAUUUGUGCACUAAAGUGGCAGACUAUCGGUUGCUGACAAAUAAUAAUCUCAUUCCACAUAAGAUAAUGCAUGAUUGGAAAGAACUGUUUUUCAGCGGAAAGCCCAUCUAUGAACAGGCUUCUCUUAAACACGGGGCUGCAGAGGCCACCGGGGAAUACCUUAUAGAGCUGGAGAAAAGGAACUUGCUUGACAGAAACGAUUAUGAAGACUAUAAGAACAUGGUUGGAGAGUGGGCCUUACCAGAAGACAUGGCUAACAGUUCACCACCCUCCAACAAUUACAUAUUGGGACAUGUGCUUCAGAGAUUAAUUGAAAAAUCUAUCCCCUCUCAAGAUGCUGCAGCAGAAACUGAAUUACCUUCAUAUGCUGUGAAGGGAUGCUUGCUGGGGAAAACCCUCAGUGGAAAAACUACUGUUCUAAAGGCUCUACAAGAAGACUUUUCUAUUCAGGUACUUUCUAUUGAUACUCUUGUCCUGGAAGCUAUCCGGGCAUUUCAUGACAAUGAACAAGCCAGUGGGAUAAAACCAGUUCGGAAAGAACACAAAGGAGAUCCUCUAUCAGGCGUGAAAGAAAUUAGCAGAAGACAGGUGCAAGAUUCGUUAUCAGUUCCUCCAGCUUCAGGGACAGAGAUAACCCUAAAAGAAGGUGUCAGGAGCAGUGAAGCUGAAGGUGUCAAACCAAGUGACAGUUUUUUAAGUCUCACUGUGCGAGCUCAACUUGGUGCAAAGUCAGAACAAUUGCUUAAAAAAGGACGGAGCAUCCCAGACAUACUGCUGGUUAACAUCUUGGUAAAUGCUAUCAAGAAUAUGCCCGUGAAUCAAAGCUGGGUUCUUGAUGGGUUUCCAAUGACAUUAAACCAAGCUCAGCUUCUGGAAGAAGCAUUGACAGGCUACAAAAAAAAAUGCAAAGAGGCCAAGAAAAAGAAAGCCCAGAUGCCCACCCUGGCCUUGGGCCCUACCCCUUCCAAAGAAGCCACUCCGCUCCCAUCUGCAUUCGACUUUGUCAUAUUACUAGAUAUUUCAGAUAAUACAUCACUGGAUCGCAUGAAUGAUAUCAUAGCCAAGGAAAUCUCACAUGAAAUUUCUCAUGAGAACACUGGUCAUCGUGGAGCUUCUACAAGCCACGAUAAGAGUGCGGACCGGAACUUAAGAGACCAGAUACACCAUAGAAUUGUUGGCUUCUCGGACAAUUGGUCAUUGUUGGAAGAGUGGUUUACAGAGCCACAGAAUAUUUUGACAAGAGUAAAUGCUGAAAUAGAUGAAGGGGCUUUAUGCCAGAAAGUAAAAGAAAUUUUUUCUACUGAAAUAGUAAAUAAAAAGGUCAAAGUUGAAAAGAAAUUAGAAGAAAAAGAAACUGAUAAAAAGGCGGCAUCUGCUGAGGCUCCUCCUACUACUUCUCCCCUUUCUCCUGAAGCAGAAAAAGACAAGGAGAGUCAUCUUCACCGUGAGAUGUCGAAAAUUUCUCCUGGAAAGGGAAGAACAUCAUCAGAAAUCCAGCAUGGUAAGCAAGACUCUCAGCAUGAAGUGAAAGGAAAGAAAGUUUCUCCUAAAGGAAAACCACAAGGAGGAAAAGCACCAGCAAAGAAAUCACCUGGUGGCUCUGCAGACACAUCACCCACACCAACAGCACCAGGACCACCUAAGCCAGGAUCAGAAGAGUGGAUCUACGUGAAUGAGCCUAUACCCGAGGAACUGCCUUCCUUUUUAGUACCUUACUGGGAACUGAUAGAGAAAUCCUACAUAAACCACAUCAAAACCGUACUUCGGUAUCUUAGAGAAAGCCAACACACUAUGCUUUCUUAUUUAUAUGAAACUAGAACAAGUUUCAAGGAGUUUCUAAGGCGUCCAGAUCACAAGCAAGAUUUUGUAUCUCAGUGGCAGACUGAUUUCAACUCUGUUCCUGAAGACCUGUGGGAAGAUGAGGAGACCAAGGCUGAACUACACCAAAGAGUGAAUGAUCUACGAGACCGCCUGUGGGACAUCUGUGAUGCCAGGAAGGAAGAGGCAGAGCAAGAGAGGCUUGAUAUCAUUAAUGAGAGCUGGCUGCAGGACUCUGUCGGAAUAACAAUGAAUCACUUCUUUUCCCUGAUGCAGGCGGAAGUGAACCGUUUCCAGGAUACCAAAAGACUCCUCCAAGAUUAUUACAGAGCAAUGGAAUCCAAAAUCCCACUAGAAGACAAUAAGAAGUUUACUCGGGUCCCAUUGAUUCAGCUCGAUAGUAAAGACAUUUCCGAAAACCAGCUUAGAAUUCCUCUAGUUCCUCGAAUAUCCACUUCUCCCGAAAAUGUUACCAUCAAACCAAAGGUGAAAGCAUUGCUGAAGGGCAAGAUUGAUCCAUCACUAGAAGGUUUGGAAGCUAACUUUGAGGUAGAUGAGAAGAUCGUAAUAGACACCUGGCAGCAGGCUUCUGUGGCCAUCUCCCACAUGGUGGCUGCUGAAAUCCAUCAAAGACACAUAGAAGAAGAAAAAGAAACGCCUCCAGUGGAUUCCAAAGAAAAGUCUCCUCAGUCAGGUACAAAUAAAAAAGCCAAGAAGGAGAAGGAGGCACCCAAGAAGAAAAAGGCAGAAAAGAAAGGAAAAGGUAAAUCAUCACCCGUGGCAGAAGUCAGUCCUAUCACGAUAUCGCCUGAAGAGCUAGCCGAAAUCGAAAGGAAGAAUGAACUGAAGCUCAAGAUUAAGGAAGAGCAUCUGGCUGCCCUGCAUUUGGAAGAAGUAGCCACACAAUUUCGUCUGGAACUAAUAAAGACAAAAGCUUUGGCCGUCCUUGAAGAGUUAGUGACAAAGGUGGUUGAUGUCUACAAGUUCAUGGAAAAGUGGCUUGGCCAGAGGUAUUUAAAUGAAAUGGCCAGUAUAGAGAAAUUGACUGAAGUAGCUCGCUACUACAUUGAAACAGCUACAAAAAUUCAAAAUGAGAUUUAUUUAGGCCAAGAAGAGUUCUACAUCAAUGGAGACAUAAAAGUCUUCCCAGAUGCUAUCCCACCAACCCGCCCUCCACCAAUAGAAAAGGAAGAAAAUGGGACCCUGACAAUCGAACAGCUGGACAAUCUCCGAGAUCAGUUCUUAGAUAUGGCACCUAAAGGCAAAGACUCUCCAGAUGCUGUGAUUCCAGGCACCAAAAAGCAGAAAAAGUCACGAAAACUUGACUACUACCUACCAGAAAGAAAUCAUCAGUUUUUGAAAAUUUGGCUAAAAAAAUACCCCUGGCUUGUAUAUGAUGAGCUAUUAAACCUUAUGUUCUGUGCCCUGUGUCGUAAGCAUGGAGUAAAGUCGGGGGGAAGUCAAGUGAGUUUUUUUUAUGGCACGGACAACUUCAAGGCUGAAUUUCUCAGUGCACAUCACCUCAGUGAAGCCCAUGCCAAGGCAUCCCUGAUGGAAGCAACAAGUGGUUCUCCAGUGAACAGAGCUGCCACUGAGCUGAUGGUAAGGACCAUGAGCAAAGUGACUCUUGGGAGAGUAGAGAACUUAUUUAGAUCAUGCCAUGCUCUAGCAAAGACCGGACGUCCCCUCAAAGACUUUAUUUGGAUGUGUAAGUUGGAUGAUAUGAAGGGUGUUGAUAUAGGCCCAGUCUUCAGAACUAAUAAGUCAGCAAGAACAUUUACAUAUUUCAUUGCCGAAGUAGAAAGAAAAAAUCUAAGAGAAAAGCUAGAAAAAAGUAAAUUUUUCUCUGUCAUCACUGAUGGAAUUGUAGACAGUUUUACUGAGGAAGUCACAAUGGUCUAUGUUCAAUUUGCACAUUCAGGAAAAGUGCAAUGUCAGAUUGUUGGGGUACAGUCAGUAGAACAGAAGGACCCUUUGACAAUGAAAACUGUUAUCGAGAAAACUCUAGAGACGAAUCUUCAACUUAGGCUGUCAAGUCAAGACUGGGCGAAGAAGUUGGUUGGUUUUGGAAGCGAUCAUUCCCCUGGAAUAGAGGGAGAGAACAGAGUGGCCCUGCUUUUGAGAAAAAUACAGCCAUGUGUGCAAAGUGUGUAUUGCUUUGCACAUCACCUAGAACUGUCUUACAAAGCUAUGUUCCAGAGUAUCCCUCUGUUCAACAGCCUCGAGGAACUCCUUACCAAUAUUUACCACUUCUAUCACCACUCUCCUCUCCUGAAGAAUUCUCUGAUAACUGCCUUCAGAGGCCUCCACCUUCGACCUGUGAUGCCUUCUCAAAUAGGAGGCAGACCGUGGCUUUAUGGACUGCAGGCUGCCCUCCAGAACUUUCUAAAAGGUUACCCAGCAAUUGUUCAGCAACUGCAUUCAGCACAAAAAGGCAAAAAUGAUACCAAUCAACAGAAAGCUAAUGAACUUCUAGAUCUUGUUCUCCAAGCUGAUAUCAUCAAAUUUGCUCAUUUCUUGAUGGACAUCAUUAGUGUCCUUAGUGUUCUGUCCCGUGCCAGUCAGAACAGAAAUUCUUCAAUUGCAGAUGUAUUUGCUACCUUGGAGUCAACACUGGAAUUGCUCCAGAUAUAUCAAUCAAGACCAGGGCCAAAAGAACGAAGGGUGGAUUCAGCCACACACUUUCAUGGUAACUGCCUCAAGGGGAAAGAAAACAUUUCUACUGUGAGAAAGGUGGUUUUAGCACAUCUUAUCAAGAGGCUGCAAGACUGCUUCAGAGAUGCCAGCCUAGAUGUGGUGAGAGCAACCAUGAUUGGAAGCUUUAAACUAUGGCCCACAAAGAUAAAUCCAGAAUUUGGAGAAAAAGAGAUAUCCAUCCUGAUUUCACAUUAUGAACCAGUUCUAGAAGCUGCCAAUGUGAAAACUGAUGAAGUAGACACAGAAUGGAGCAUGUUAAAAUUAGAAAUAUAUACCAGAUUUCAGAACAUUCGGAAGCUGACCUGGGAUUUUGUAAACUCCAUUUACUCACAUAAGUAUCCAAAUAUCCUAACACUUGUUGACUUAGUUCUGGCCCUCCCUGCAAGUUCAGCAGAACCAGAACGCGGAUGUAGUCAGAUGAAACGCUCCCACUCAUGCAUGGAUGAGAAAAUCAAGGCUGAAAGCUUGACAGACAUCCUAAUCAUCCAGCUGAACUCUCCAGACAUCAGCAGCUUUGACCCUAGGAAAGCUAUACAUUUAUGGACUACAAGAACACAAUCAUCAGUUGCCCAUAUGGGACCCAAUCUGGACAGCUCAUCAAACUCAGAAAGCCAAGAUGAAAGUGAUGAGUGAUGGGACUUAUGUUGACUUUGUUACUGAUCACAGCAAAAACAAAUAAAUAACUUCCAAAAAAUUUAAAGCAAAGUAACAGUCAGUCUUUACCUCAGACACAAAAGACACUUGAUAUUUUCUAAAUAUACAGAGGUACAAAGAAAAAAAUCAAGACUUGUUUUUCUAUAACUUUCUGACUUUGCUUCUGUGUUGGAAUGGUUUUUGUUUCAAUUCUUUGGUGAAGGCUGAUACUUCUAAGCACUAUUUCAAUAUUAUCUUUCUGAGCAUUUUCUCUAAGGGUGAGCAGUCUGAUGAUCUUAGUUAUCUCAGACUUGCCAUACAACUGACUCUUGUUCCUAGAUAGUUCUAAACUCUAAUUGCAGUGAGUAACUAACCGGGCCAAACUGAUAGAAUUUUUAAAAAAUUUAUCUCCAAACAAAUUUUGUCAUUGAAACUCUUAUCAACGGUAUGUGAAAGUAUCAUAUGCCUAAAUGCCUUGGACAGCUCAGUAAGAAGGUUAAAUGUUAAAGUGAUUUUCACAUUUGACACUAAGAUCUCCAGAUAAACAAUUCCUAUGUAAACUGAAAAUAUCAUUUUGCAACAUUUGUUUCCUAAUGUUGACAUUAGAACAUAUUGUAUAAUUACCAGAAUUUUAAGUGCUUUGAUUCUCUUUGCAGUUUUAAUAGAUUUUAUUUGUGGUUCUAACAUCUUAAAGGACAUGGCUAAUUUAUUUAUAUAAUCUGAAACUCGUGGCAUCAUAUAAACUUUUAUUUCCAGGGAAAUUUUUUACCCAGGAAAAUGUUCUCAUGACUAAUAUUAGAUGUUUCAGUGAAACUAAAAUAAUAUAAAAAUCAUCUCAGAAUUGCUUGCGAAUGGUUAAUUAUAUCAAAAGACUGAGAGUGAACUCUCGACAUUCAUCAUAUUACCUUACAGAUCUUGGAGUUGUACAUGUGGUUAGAAUCAUUGACAUUUUAAAGGGAUAACUGCAUUUCCCUAGAGGUUAGAAGAAACAGUGAGGUUCAAGUGGACUUACAGAUAUUAUGAAAACUCAGAUGUAAAAGGAAACAUUAGAAUGCUAUGUCUAAUUCACCUUUGUUAUUUCUGAAAAAAGAACAGCUCUAUACAGUGUACCUGCCAAAUACCUGGAUAUAUGUAACUGAUCUCUCAUAAUUCUAGAAGGUACCUUUGCUCUGUGUGUUAGCUAAACGUAUUUGUUGUUGUUUAAGUUUAUUUAUUUUGCUUCUCUAUUUCUAGUGCAUGUGCAUGCAACUUGGAAUAAGAAUCUAAGGAGCUGUGUCUUGUAGAUAUGCUAACAUAGAUUAGUGCACAAGAGCAAGGCAGUUGGAUGUUUAGUGGUAUUUUAUGUUUAUUUAGAACCUGCAAUCUCAUUGAAUUCAAUUCAAUAGCCAUCUAAAUCCCCCUGCAGUUACAAAAGCAAGCAAUUGCUAACUGGAGGACAGACAGGGAGAUGGGUGCUACCUUCCUUUUGAUUGUCAUCUUGUUUGUAUGUGUUCAAAAUAUGAAAUGUUUUAUCUCUGUGUUUUACUGGGUAUAGCAAAAUUUAGCAUGUCUUUUAAAAAUUCAACCCACUUGAAACAAAAUAUCAAAGAAGAUUUUAAUUUCAGAAUUAUGCAAUUUCAAUAUUUUCUCAAUCAGGAAUGUCUUUUUGUUUGUUGGUUUUGUUUUUGUUUUUUUGUUUUUUGUUUUUUUUUUUUUCUGGACCAAAGAGGACUCUUUGGAGAGGUAACAAGAACAUCAGAGUUUUGCUUUUGUUUUUUAAUGUUUUUAAAGUAACUUCUUUCUAAAGUAAUGAUUGCAGUGCUAAAUAAUUAAGAAAGUCAAUAAAUAAUUGUUUCCUUGUGUUGUAGGCAUCAUAGGAAAUAAAGCAUUCACUGACAUUCUGUUUGAUUUGGUGACCCUGAACUUUGGAACCAACAACUUUCCUAGU